GAACCUUGUUCCCAUUUAACAAACUAAAGAAAAAAAAACUCAUUUUCUUGACGACUAAUGAUAUCACAAGAGAAGAAAAGAGAGCUUUGAUUUGUCUGCUUUGGAACUCAAUCCGCAAUGGAAAAAGUAGAGUUACCGGUUCACGAGCAUCCUUUGUUCGUCUUUGAUCGGAUUUGUAUGGACACGUGUAAAGGAUGUGGUAUUUACGGUUACUUUUAUGGUGGCUACAUUUGCAAUGAGUUAGGUUGUAAUACUCUCUUCCACAAGGAGUGCGUCGAGUCUGUACCGGAGAUCAACCACCCUUCCCAUCCCGAACAUCCUCUCAAGCUUAGCCUGGAUUGUGGACAAUUUUGUUGUAGUGUGUGUAUACAUAGAUCGGAAGUUGGUUAUUAUUGUUCAAUUUGCGACUUCAAUGUCCAUUUGGUUUGUGCAAGACAUCCAUCUCCAUCCUCAACUUCAUCCACAUUCUUAUCGCUGCCUACUACUGGGCUCAUCCCAGACUCUUUUCAUCACAAACACCCGCUCAAGUUUUUCAGAUACGGAGCACCAGAGUACGCUGAUGAAGAUUGCCUUCUUUGUGGGAAGAAGUUUGACAGAAGAUCUUACAACUGUAAUCAAGUUUACCACUGCGAUGUUUGUAAUGUAACCAUAUGCAACGAGUUUUGCAUGGCAAACCCACCGCCAGUUUCUGUUGUGAGCCCAACGACACAUGAGCAUAAACUCCACCUUGUUCCAAGACUUGUCAAUUGUACUUGCAAUGCUUGUGGGACGGCAGGUGAUCGAAGUCCUUAUUUUUGUCUUCAAUGCAAUUUCAUGAUUCAUCGGGCUUGUAUUGAUUUACCCCGCGUGAUAAAUAUAAAUCGUCACAAUCAUCGCAUCUCUUACACUCGUCAUCUUGGACACGGGAAUUGGACAUGUGGAGUUUGUCGUAAAAGAGUAGAUGGGUUUUAUGGGGCUUAUUCUUGCUCAAAGUGUCCUAGCUAUGCUGUUCAUGCGAGAUGCGCAACGAGUAAUGGUGUGUGGGAAAAAGUAGAACUAGAAGGAACACCAGAAGAAGAGGAACUCGCGCCAUUCGAAGUGGUAGAUGAGAAUCAUAUAAAGCAUUUCAGCCAUGGCCAUAAUUUAACACUCAACAAGGCUGGUAAGAAUAUACACGAAAGCAAACUUUGUGAAGCUUGUGUCUCCCAGAUCAAUGACGAGUCGUUUUAUGAUUGUGAGCGAUGCGACUUUAUUCUACAUGAGACAUGUGCUAGUCUUCCCAGAAAGAUAAGGAAUGUCUCCGACAACACACCGUUCACUCUACAAACAGAUACUUAUAGAAGAAGAUGUUUUGCUUGUUACCAGUAUUUCACUGGUUUCAAGUACGAAUCUGGUCGUAUCACUCUAGAUGUACGUUGCAGUUCAAUAAUUGAACCAUUUCUCCAUGAAAGCCAUCCACAUCCUUUAUACUACGAAGUCUUUAGUUCUAAGAGGGGUAAGAAAUGUUCUGCAUGUGACAGAACACAUGUCUUCAUAAGUACGUUGUGGUGUGAUGAGUGUGAGUUUCAGUUGGACUUCGGGUGUGCUACUUUGCCUAGAAAGGUAAUGAAUCAAAGGUACGACGAUCAUCCUCUCUACUUGUCUUACGGUGAAACUAAGGAAGAUGGUCAACUUUGGUGUGAGGUAUGUGAAACAAAAAUAAAUCCAAAUAAAUGGUCCUAUGCAUGUAAUCUUUGUGGGAUCACUUUGCAUGUCUCGUGUGUUGUGGGAGACUUCUCAUAUCACAUACCAGGGCACAUUUCGUUAGACGACUUCUCAAAAGGAGCAGUGGUACCCAACACUUCUAUUUGUAGAUCUCAUUGCUUCAGGUGUUCUUCAAGAUGCAAGCUUCCUUAUAUUCUUCAAGUUGAUGGCCGUUACUUUUGUUCUAUAAUAUGUGUAAACCCUCGCGAGUAUUGGAACAAUAAUCUAUAUAUAAAUUAA